GCUAGUUUUUGGAGAUGUGCUCCAGUGUAUCUUUUUGCAUUGUUUACGUUUAUCACAUUGACUUUUGGUUACGUAGAUCAGUUUCCUCUAUCUUUUUUUCUCCUGGUUAUUUUAUAUGUUGUCACUUCCCUUUUACCCUAGACUAUUAGGGAACGUAACAAAGGGAACAACAGGAGGAAGGAAAGAGACAUGGGGGGGUGCAGGGCUUCAGGAGUGUCUCAUGUGAUUCUGUGUCCCAGCACCAUCUCUGAGGAGAGAGAGAGAGAAAGAGAGAGAGAGAGAGAGAGAGAGAGAGAGAGAGAGAGAGAGAGAGAAAAGUAGGCUGUAAAGGAUAAAGGGGUCAGUCCAGGGAUUGUCCUCGAAAGGAGAGGAACUACUUCUGUAUGUGUGUGAGGGUGAUGAGUGUGCAUGUUGUGUUUGCCUUCUCUGAUGUUUGAGGUCGUUUGCUUCCCCCUGUACACAGAGGACAUAUUAAUAUUUCACCGCCAUGAGUCGGACCACCUUUUUUGAGGUGAGGGUCCUGAAUGGCAAGACCAAAGAGCAUCUUUGUUUUUUAGAUAAGGUUGAGCCUUAUUCAACAAUAGGAGACAUUAAAAGCCUCUUCCACAAAUCAUAUCCUCACUGGUAUCCAGCAAGACAAGCCCUGAGCCUUGACCCCAAGGACAAAUCACUCAGAGAUGAAGACAUUUUACAGAAUCUACCAGUCGGGACUACUGCUACCAUGUACUUCAGAGAUCUUGGUCCACAGAUAGGUUGGACUAUGGUGUUUCUGGCAGAGUGCAUCGGGCCCCUUCUCACCUACCUCCUCUUCUAUUUUCGUGUGCCGUACAUUUACUCUCACAGAUAUGCCUUAACCUCUAGUCCUCAUCAGGUUGUCAGACUAGCCUGUGCCUGUCACACCUGCCACUAUAUGAAGAAAUUGAUAGAGACUAUCUUUGUGCAUCGUUUCUCACAUGGGACCAUGCCUCUCAGGACGAUAGUCAGGAACUGUUCCUAUUACUGGGGUUGCUCUGCUUGGUUGGCCUACUAUAUCAACCAUCCACUUUAUACACCUCCAUCAUAUGGAGAACUACAAGUCAACUAUGCAUUAUUCAUAUUUAUGAUGUGUGAACUGGGAAACUUCUCCAUUCACUUGACUCUAAAUAAUGUCAGAGCAGAGGGAUCCAGGUGCAGAAGAUUUCCAGCACCAACAAAGAACCCCUUCACAUGGCUAUUUUUCUUUGUUUCCUGUCCAAAUUACACAUAUGAGGUUGGAUCUUGGAUGAGCUUUUCCAUCAUGACCCAGUGUCUGCCAGUGGCAUUGUACACAUUACUGGGGUUCCUUCAGAUGGCCAUCUGGGCCAAAGGGAAGCACAGAGCCUACAGCAGGGAGUUCAAGGACUAUCCCAGCGUCCGGAUGGCCAUUAUCCCCCUGGUUCUCUGAUUUUGAUCAAAACGAACUAUUGUAGCAUACAGUAAUGUAUUUUCACAGUCCUCAAGGGUUUUGCACUAAAACGAUGUUUGCUGCUGCUAAGGAAAAUACUAUGCAAUAUAUUUUAUAUAUCUAUGUACUGAAAGGGGUAGGAAUGUAAGCAAUAAUAUUAUAGCAAUAUACUGGAACAUUGAAAAAAUAUAAUAUGUUCAUUUUUUGUUAGUUUUUCCCAGUGAGUAUUUAUCAUUACAAGCUGACUUAUUAACCCACAGGUUGAGACACUUAUUUUCAAUGAUACAUGCUUGAAGCACUAAAAGCAGUUCAAACCGGAGAGAUGUGAUGUAAGGAAUACAUAUUUAUUGUUUACACGUCAUAUGAAUGAAAUGAUUGCCAUGAUAAUACAACAGGAGAAUGUAAUGGUGUUU